CGGAUCGUGGAUCCAACCGCUCUCUCAUCUCAUCACCGCACCCGACUGGCGGUGGACCACACCUCCCUCCGGGCGCCGUCAUCGCCGCCGCCGCCGCGAUGCUCCGCGCCGCCGCCUCCCGCCUGCGCGCGCACUUCCACCCCCGCCCUCACGCCCCACACGGCGGCCUACCAUCCGUGGCAUUCGCUCCUCUCCGCGCCCUCUCCACCCGCCGCGGCAAGCGCUCCUCCCCGACCGCGUCGCCCGCCGACUCCGACGACGAGGGCCCCCUGCGCGGCCUCUUCCUGCUCUCCCGCGACCCCGAGCGACCGCCGCGGCUGGUGGUGGUGCAGCCGCGCCUCCGCCCGGGCUCGCUCCUCGACUCCAAGCUCGCCGAGGCCCUCAACCUCGCCAACUCUCUCGAGGAGCCUCGCGACGGCUUCUACCCGGGCGGUUUCGCUGCCAGGGGCCCGCCGCCCCACCUCGUCGUCCAGAACCCGUCAUCCCGCGGCCGCUCCUAUGCCGAUAAAUUUUUUGGGCCUGGAACUGUGGAUAAUGUCAAGUGUUAUCUGAGGGCAUCAGAAUCAGAGGAAGGAGUCGAUGCAGUUUUUGUUAAUGCAACUCUCUCUGGCAUCCAACAAAGGAACUUGGAGGUUGCCUGGGGUAAGCCGGUUUUAGACCGUGUUGGGCUUAUAAUUGAGAUAUUUAAUGCUCAUGCUGAAACAAAAGAAGCAAAAUUACAGUCGGAGUUAGCAGCUCUUAUGUAUAUGAAGACUAGGCUUGUCCGUGUUCGUGGUCCAGGUGGACGACUAACUUUCGGUUUGAGUGGGGAAGCUGAAGUUGUAAGUGCAAGAGGGAGAGGAAGUGGGGGACGUGGCUCCAUGAGUGGUGCUGGUGAAACAGAACUUCAACUACAGCGGAGGAGAAUCCAGGAACGCCGUAUCAAAUUGUUAGCUCAAAUUGAAGACGUACGUCGAACUAGAGCGAUACAACGUUCAAAUCGAAAAAGGCAUGGUGACUCAUUUGGUCAAGAGCUUGUAACUGUUGCUGUUGUUGGCUACACGAAUGCAGGAAAAUCCACUCUAGUGAGUGCACUUUCUGAAACUGAUCUAUACAGUGACAAUAGACUAUUUGCUACAGUAGAUCCCCGGUUACGCAGUGUGAUCCUGCCAUCAGGGAGAAAAGCACUUCUUAGCGACACUGUUGGCUUCAUCUCAGAUUUACCUGUGCAGCUAGUGGAAGCAUUUCAUGCUACUCUGGAAGAAGUUGUUGAAGCAGAUAUGUUAGUGCAUGUGCUGGAUUCUAGUGCUCCUAAUAUUGAGGAGCAUCGUUCUACUGUUCUGCAAGUAUUGCAACAGAUUGGCGUUCCACAGAAUAAAAUCAACAGUAUGAUUGAAGUUUGGAAUAAGAUUGAUAUUGUGGACAAUAAUGAUAAUGAUGUAUCUGAUGGGAUUGAAGAUGAGAUUUUCCUGACUGAAGGCGAGGAAGAGGAAGAAUUAUUUUCUGAAAAUGGUGUGCCUGCAGAAGAAUCAUCAUUUGAAUCCUUGGAUGAUGGGACAGACUCAGAAUAUUUAUCAGAAGAAAAUUUGGACAACAAUGGUGAAGUAUCAUACAAAGAGUCCCCCCUUGAGCCUACCGAGAUGAAAGCAAUGAACUCAGAACAAUCAUCAUCAAAAGAUUGUUUUGGAGAACUUCGUGGUCCAGAAGCUACUAGUACAGAUGGCUGCAGUUCAACACAACCCAUGUCUACUUGUCAUGUGAAAACUUCUGCUGUGACAGGGACAGGAUUGCAAGAGUUACUGUCACUAAUAGAUGAGAAAUUAACCAAGCGGCAAACUAUUGUGGAGAGAAACUAUGGGCCUUUUGAUAGAAAAUGGAGACCAUCUUGUUCUAUGGAUGGUGAAAAGGCCGCAGAACAGUAGGGGCACAGUACGAGGCACAUCCCUGCUGGUUUCUUCUCGCUCCAUGUGCCUGACAUUUCAGGCCGGAAGCUUGCCACCUGAAUUGUCCCAUCAAGGCAAUGUCCAUGACAUGUUGCCAUAUACGAGAAACAGUUUUUGCAGAAGUUAGCGCUCUUUGGAAUGUGGGAUUUUUUUCUGUGUGCCUACAGGAAUUGAAAUGGUUCUCGUGAAAAUCCUGUGAAAUUUCUAAGUUCGGAAGAGCACUUGUAAUCGUUUGUCUAUAAAUAUCACUCCAGUAUUCAAGGUUCUACUUUACAAGGCUUUUUGCUCACUUGCUGGAGGGUUUGGUUGUAUGAUGCGGAUAUAAUAAAGCUGUUGUGUAUGUAUGAUACGCAGAGCAGUCAUCGGUAGCUUGAAAAUUCCCAAGAUAAAAGUUUAGCCGAAGACAUUACUUGAAAGGCUUAUUUCGGCAUGUCUGUAAUCUUGUGCUUACAGGAGUA